CCCAGGAGCUGAAACACAUUCACGGCGAGCAGCUGAGCAGACUGCACGUCAAACACCAGACUGAGUGUGACCUCCUGGAAGACCUGAGGACUUUUAGCCAGAAACGGGCAUGCGUCGAGCGGGACUACGCCCAGUGCCGUGCCUGUGGAAACUGAGCCUUGCCGGAAGCGCUAAGGAAGACGUACCUGCCCGCUGCUUCCAGAAGGACGUCAAUUGGACGUCUGACAAUAAGAACAAACAAGGAAGCAAACAAAGAGAAUCUUGUUGGCCGUGUUGUGGCAUUACAGGCCCGUAAGAAAUGUGCCGCAACGCUGUGAAGAGAAGGCGGCGGUGCGACAAGCAAGCGCAAAACCGACAAAAAGUGAAAGCGUAAACUGCUUGCCCAUUUGCCCGCGCCGCUUCCUCGGCGCCAAAACGGUUAGCGGGUUUAUGUAAAGCAUGUCACGCGGCCGGACCCCCGACAACAGACCGCGGCUCCGGCUCGGCGGCGCUUGUAGGGAGGGGAGCAAAUUUGGCACAGCUCGGGCUGAACGAUAGUGAUUGAGUUGAGAGAGAUGGAGUCACCUGGCUUUGCUCUGAGCCUCGGCUUCCUUUUUUCAAAGGCCAACUGGUUGUGCAAAUUCCCCAAAAGGGUAGAGCCUUCCAAAAGGCGGCGCCGCCUGGUCUCUCGCUCCGUCUUAGGAAGGCCGCGACGUCUCUGGGGAGAAGAACAAUAAGCACAAAUGAAACGUGGUCCAGUCGUUUCUUGACAAAAGCAUCUCCCGAUGGACACAUCAGAGGCCUCGUGAUAUUGUCAUCAAUUGCCGAGGAGCGAGAGUGCUUUUUUUUUUUUUUUUUUUUUUUGUCUUUCAAGGAAUGAAAGAUGCACCUGUGCUCUGAUCAACUGGCUGCUCUUAUUUGAGGCCGGUGGCGUGCUCCACCUGCAAGCUUCUUCAGCCAAGGCUGGGGAUUGCCAUUCCCAUCACAGAGGAGCUGAAAAUGAGCUCCUCUGUUCGGGCGCGGGUUGGAUUGGCUCACGCGUCCUCCGCACAAUGGGCCGGUUUGUCUCGCGGCUCUCCAGCCUUGGCACCAUCGGAUCGGGAGGCAUCACCGCCACCACGCGACCACAUUCCACGGGAUUCAAAGCAAAGGCGACCCCCGUUAAAGUGUCGCACCGCUCGGACCUCGUCCGUCCGUCUCUUGCAGCAUUGGUGCAGCACACUAAUAUGGUCUCCGUUUGGUGUCCGCGAAUCACCAAGCACAAGCAAGUCAAUAAAUAGGCUCUGCACAAGUUGGCCAAUCAGUACCUAAAAAGGGAGUGGCCCGACAGCCUGUGGGAGGAAGCCGAUCGCAGGCCCUUUUGUGUGUUUGCCACAGGAAUAUGUACUGCGUAUGGCGGGCUUAUCUGGAGGGGACCAUCCGGGUCACCCGCUCCAAGAUCAGCGCCUGCGACAACUACAAAGUGCAGGUGGCUGAGCCGGCCAAGACUGCCCGGUUGCAGAAGGAGCAGCGGCUGCGUAAGUGUGUUGAGCGGCUGACGAGCAUUCAGGCUGAGCUGCAGGACUCCGUCAGAGAGCUGAGCAAGAGCAGGAAGAAGUACCGGGAGGCGGAGAGCGUGGCGCAGGCCGUGCGGGAGAAGGCCGAGCUGGAAGCCAAGUCUAAGCCGAGCCUCUUCCAGUCCAGAUGGAGUCUACAGAGAGGAACCAUCAAGCUCAGAGCCAAGCGGAGCGAGUGUGACUCCAAAGCCGCCCGCAGCCGCAACGACUACCUGCUUACGCUAGUGGCGGCUAAUGCUCACCAGCGACGCUACUACCACAUCGACCUCGACGACUGCCUCAAGGUGCUGGACGGGAGGAUUUACGAGCAGGUGAAGGAUUAUUUGGUUUUGCUGUGUCAGACGGAACUGGAAAGCUACCAGGUUACGCACGACGUCUUUGACGAGCUCUUAGACCGCUCCGCUGGGGUCCUGCGGGAGUUCCAUCACCAGACGUUUGUGCAGAAGAAUGGCGUUUUCCAAAAAGCGGCCGACUUCUUGUACCAGCCCGUCGAAAUGGAUACGGUGACCCAUCUGCUAAAAGAGGGCAGCACGCCAGAGGAGCACAGCCUGGACAAGGAGGCGCGCAAGUGGGCCACUCGGGUGGCCCGAGAGUACAAAAGUAUCAUCCGCACACAACGGGUGUUGGAGGAGUUUGGGGCUCAGGAGAGUUGCGAGCAGGACGUGCCCGUGGAACUGGAGGCCAAGAUGGAAGUGGCGAGGCAGAGUCUGCGGAAGGCUGAGACAGUGAAGACCAAGGCAGAGGCCCGUCUGGACCUGUUGAGGCAGGCGGGUGUCUGCGUGGAAACGUGGCUGAAGAGCGCCAUGAACCAGGUGAUGGAAGAGCUGGAGAACGAGCGCUGGAACAACCUCAGCAGCGCCCAUGAUCUUUCGCUCUCUGGGACGGCCGAUUUGGAGGACGAGGAGGACAGCGGCGACGUGCCGGACGACAGCAGCGAUGUGCUGGAUGACAGCAGCUCCAGCCCCUCCGGCACAUUAAAAAACUACCCCCUCACCUGCAAAGUGCUCUACUCAUACAAGGCCUCUCAGCCAGAUGAACUGAGCAUGGAGGAGCAGGAGAUCUUAGAGGUCAUCGACGACGGCGACAUGGAGGACUGGGUCAAGGCCAGAAACCGCAGCGGCCGGGUUGGCUACGUCCCGGAGAAAUACCUGCAGCUGCCGUCCUCCAAUAGCCUGCUCAGCAUGUUGCAGUCCUUGGCAGCGCCAGACGCUCGCUCACACUCCUCCGGCAACUCCGUCGAAACUCCAAACUCAGCAUUGCACUCCAUCGCAGUGUGCUUCGCCAAAGCGCUGUACGACUACGCCGGCCAGACGGACGAUGAGCUAUCCUUCCCCGAGGGCGCCGUCAUCCGCAUCCUGAGCCGGGAGACACGCGAGGACGACGGCUUCUGGGAGGGCGAGUUCAAUGGCGUCGUAGGCGUGUUCCCCGCCGUCCUGGUGGAAGAUCUGGCCGGCGGUGCGGGUGCAAACGGACAGAGAGACGCCGGUGACGCCCGGUCUUCCCCUCGCAGCCCCUUCCACUCGGGGCCGCUCCUCAGCAGCCCCCCGCAAACGCCCACCGCCUCAUCAAGCCCCUGCGGCGCCGCCUCGCCCAUCGGAGCGCCACCCACCUGGCACAAUGGGCACAAGAGCCCCUUUCGCAGUCCGGGACAAGGCUCCCCGCAACCUCCCAAAUACGCAGAGAGCGCAUCCGGCACCAUCCGACCUGUCCGUGCUGCUCCACCCCCCCCUACCAAGCAGCACCCACGGGGGCAGGUGAAGCGGCGAGAGGAGGUCGAGAUCACGCUGGUCUGAAGCGGAGAUGGGACGCCCCCUCGAGGAUGCCUCACAUGGCCAGUGGAAGAAAAAACAAGGGUGGCUUUCUCCCCUUCAAGCGUCUCCAUUUUGAUGACAACACUCUUUUGUCUCAUAAGAUAAAAUUGUCACCUUGCAUUAAGAAUGGGAGUGUGAGGCUGGCCCAGUCCCCCCAGCUCGAACUCUAAAAGAAGGGAAAAGUGGCAAUGAUGCUAGGAAUUCUUUUUUUUUUUUUAAACGCAAAACUCCCCGUUUAAAUUGCACUCAGUUUAAAAGCAAUGCAAUGUUUCUGAACUACCCUUCAUUCGUCUCUGAUGGGGCAAUUUUGCUGGGUCUACGUGAAAAUUGCCUUUGUUCAGAAAUGGAGGGAGCGACCCUUUCUUCGUGUGUGUCACAUAAUGAAGCACUUUUGAAUGUUGUCAGUAUUUUGA